AGCGAGCAGUUCAUUCCGUACCCUAUACUAUAUCUAUGUAUAUAUAAUUUACCGAUAAUUUUUUACACGACCGCCUUGUGUGUGUAUUUGUGCCUUUGUGUUCACGUUAAACAACUAAUAUUUAAUUACGAUUGUGCAUUCUAGAAACUCGAAACUCUUGCCUAACAAUAUCAAACCUUGACUUUGUAAAAGUGCAAUAAAUCUACGAAAAAUCUUAAAAAAAAGACGAAAAAAAAAAAUCAAAUCAAAAGACCAUUGAACCGAUAUGACGAAGAACAAAAACCAGAGAAAGAACGCGGCUGCUGCCAAAAACCCCCCAACGAGUCUGCCGGACAGCAUCUUGACACCGCCAGCGACGCCGCCAGCAGCCAAUGGGUCGCUGGGGAAGACUCCCCAAAACAGUCCAUUUGCCAAUGGAAACAACAUUCGCAAGCCGCCUGUGCCCUGGGAGCGCGAGCUCAUCGGAGCUUUUCUGUUGGAAAUGGCUAAAAUGCAGGUGAUCUCUGCCCAAAGGGAGUGGUAUGCGGAGAAGGAUAAGCUACGCAACUUUUUCACCCAUUACCUGGCCUCUUUGCCGAACAGUGUAGAAAUCCGCCUGCAGCUUUCAGCCCAAGGCGCCUGGAAUAUUGGAUCUCUGUUGCAUCGGACAAACUUUUUGAUCAAUACGCCGCGGGGCAACCCCAACUACCGCAUCAAGAGCUUUGCAUUGAUGGAGUUCCGAAAGGAGAAGUUCAAUGCCAUCGAUGAGAAGCACCGAGGAGCAUCGGUCACCGUGCCCGUUCCAGGUGCUGUUACGGAAGGAAAUCGCCCCAUAACCGAAGAAUAUGUUCUUGAUCAGAAGUCGGAGGCUAUGCCGUUGAAGUAUCAAAAGACCCAUGUCCAGAAAGCAGUGACGAACUUCGAGCUAAGCUCCUUCGGCUGUUACAUUUGCCAGGUGAACUUCGAGACGAUUGAGAAGUACGAGGAGCAUGUGGAGUACCAUGGAGAUGAGUCUGACUUCAAGUCUCUAAAAAAAAUGGAAAAACUCACAACCCCCAUGGUGACGCUCUCAUACCAAACAUGCGUCAAUAGCCACUACUUUGGCUUCACCAUGAAGACCAACCAUAAGGACUUGGUGGUAGAGAAGUUCGUCAUUGUGCAGUUACGCCAGUUCUACUAUGUGUACAACGCUCGGAUGCCAAUGAAGGUGUCCGAGAGUGGAGAACUGGUCUUUUUCGUGGACUCGCACGUCUUCAUGAUUCUCCGGGAAAUGCCCAUCGUGAUCGGGUUCACCAGCGGAGGGAAGCGCUAUGUGGAGCAGCAUCACUUUAUGCGCACCGAGGCCCUGCCCAAGGCCAGCUUCAAUGUGAAUCCGUAUCGCUUGUCCAACAACGAGACCUUCAAGAGCCAGGGUCUCGCCCCGUCCAAUCCGCCCACGCAAGUUUUCCGGGCAUUGAAGCACGAGGAUGCCCAGGUCCGGCUGGCGGACUUUGACAAGCACUACCGCAACUAUUGCGAGCUCGGCAAAGAGCUCACCCAGGAGAACUUGAGCGGAACGCUACGCACCCUGCUCCAGGUGGAGGAUAUCGAGCGACUGCAGCACUAUCUCGGACUCAAGCAGACCAAGAUGGAACUGCACCAGUUCGGCCGAGAGCUCUCGGUGAAGAUGCAGCUAAACACUAACAACUUGAGUGUCGAGGAUGUGCUCUCGCCCGGAGACGAUGUUCUGAUCAUCAACGAGCGCGUCACCCAGGGCACCGCGGGGGGAGUGCGUCAGAUGCUGGAGAGCAACAAUCUGGUGAUGGAGCUGGCUCUCAAGGACUUCGACUCCAUCAUUCAGUGGGCUCGCAAAGUCGACGGCCAGUUUGGUCCGUUGGAGAAGCAGCCUCGCGUCUACUUUGCCCGCAUCCUGGGCGUCUCCACGCAGCGUGUGAACAUUACUUGCGAGCGGCAGCUUCCGGAUAACACCACCUACACGCUGAUCUUUCGUCCUGUACGCGCGGUAAUGCGCUACCAGUACCGAGCUCUCCAGCAGUUGGCCCUGACCAAUAGCACCGAUGUCCGACGGAUUCUGUUUCCGGGCGAGCUUUCCCCCCAACCGAGACCAACGGGAAUCAUAGAACUCAACAAUUUGGAGAUCUCCCGGAACCCGGAACAAUUGCAGGCGGUGCGUGAAAUAGCACUAUCGCAGAAACUACCAGCUCCGUACAUCAUUUUCGGACCCCCAGGAACCGGAAAGACAGCCACCAUCUGCGAGGCCAUCUACCAGCUGUAUGUGAAGCGCCCGGAAACACAUAUCCUCGUGCUGGCUGGAUCCAACACUGCUUGCGAUGAAGUUGCUCUGCGGCUGCUACGGGCCAUAGCCAAGGCUCCGGAGAGCCAACCGCGGCCUCUAACGCGCAUCUUUGCCGCCAGUUGUGAUCGGCGAAUCGACAACAUAGACGACAUGCUGCUGGAGUACUCCAAUAUGUACGCAUUGCACUUUUAUCCGGCCGUGCAGGCUGUGCACCAGUAUCGCAUCGUGGUGUGCACACUUAGUUUGGCGGGAAAGUUGUCCACAGGUGGAUUCGCGAAGGGUAAUGUUUUCUCGCACGUGUUCGUCGACGAGGCGGCGGCCAGUACCGAGGCAGAAGCCCUGAUGGGCAUCACCUGCACCAUUUCGCCCACGACCAGCCUGAUCCUCUCCGGGGACCACAAGCAGCUGGGACCAGUGCUGCAGUCGCAGCGCGCCAGUCAAUGGGGUCUGUCGUUGUCGCUAUUCGAACGACUUCUACAGAGGAAGUGCUACCAGGUGAAGGAGGACGGCAGCUACAAUGUAGCCGUGCAGACGCGGCUCAUCCGCAACUUCCGAUCCCAUCCGGAGAUCGUGUCUCUCUACAGUGAUCUCUACUAUGAUGGAAAGCUCAAGGCCAAGGCGGCAAUGGAGAGUGUUUGCAAAUUUAGAGACUGGUUCCACAUGCCGAAUCCGGACUUUCCCAUCAUGUUCCAUUCGGUGUUUGGCACCGUGAUGAACACAAAGAGCUCCGUGAGCUUGUGCAACAACAAGGAGAUCGAUGCUGUCAUGGACUACGUCAAGGAUCUCAUGUACUUUGGGCUGAACGGGGAGAAGAUAGCACAAACGGAUAUCGGCAUCAUCUCGCCGUACAAGAACCAGUACCAGCGCAUCCAGGAGCAACUGAAUAUGCGCAGUUGGUUCCAGAUAGACUGCGGCUCUGUUGAGUUGUUCCAGGGAAAGGAGAAGCAAGUUAUCAUCGUGUCCUUUGUGCGAUCCUUUACACCCAAGCUGGGAUUUCUGGACAAUGAUCGACGCCUUAAUGUUUUGCUGUCUCGACCGAUGUCCUUGCUCAUUUUGAUCGGAAACCCCCGAACUCUGAGUCAAAACCAUGUCUUCAGGCGAAUCAUUGAAACGUGCCGGGACCGCAAAACACUGGUGGGAGUGCCGUACUACCGCGAAGAAAACAAUCCUGGCAAGCAGAACGGCCAGACUGGGCAGAGUCCUCCGAAAAGUACACCGGGCGGCGUUCGAGGAGCUGUCGGAGAGCAGCCAGCGUCCGGCUUGGUGCAAACCCUAAAACGAACUUCCAGCAUCCAGAAGAAUCCUGCCCAGGCGGUCAGGUACUUCUACAACAAAGAGGAAUUGCUCAAACUGGGCAAGGAGGUCAAGGCGAGCGAGAAGUCUGAGGUCGAGAAGCUCUUCGAUGAGUUACCAAGUGUGCCAAAUGUGGACCACGAUUCCGAUGCAGUUCGUUCAGUAACGAACCAACUGAAGAAUCUUAAGGUGGAGCAUAUUUCCAAGGUGGCCACCAAACCGGUAGCACUUGCUACUCCAUCACCGACGAGUGCUACUCCUCGGGUUAAUACUGCAACUGCUGGAUCGGUGCAUGCUCCCCCACGUACCGCUGUUCCAGCAUCACGUCCAGUGCCAGUGCCAGUGCCAGUGGCUCGUACUAUUCCACGGCCAGUUGAAAACCCACCUCCAAGGGAUACUUCUUACAGACGGGAAAAUGAGAGGUAUUUGAAUGGAGUGCCUUACGGUCGCGAGCCGUACGCACCUAGUGCUCCACCACUGACGCCACAGAAGGUAACAGCUACCAGGUCGACUGCCUACAGUCACAUUCCCACCGGCAGUUCGAGGUUCGAGAAUACGCGGCCCCUGCCCGACGGGUACCGACGUCCGCCGCCGGUCUACGAGCCUCACGGCAGCUGGAAUAACUUUGGCAGGCCGUCAUCGUUUAUUCCGCGGCAACCAACGCCGCCACCCAAGGAGAAGAAGUCGAAGUGUGUCAUUUCAUAAUUUCGGCUUCCGGGGAGACAAUCUCCAAUCUAUGAGGACGAUGCAGCCGCUUGGCAUAACAAGUGGCUGUGGCGUCCUUUUUUUGACUUUGCUGUUGGCAUUUGUGCGAUCUGCGAUCCUCCAUGCGCCAAUCAGCAAAACACCUUACCAAAUAGAUUCGCAUUUGAUGCGCCCACGUGACCAGGAGCUGCCGGGACAGAGGGUUAACCCCUGUGCCUCUGACCGGCAGCUUCCGCUUGGGCGGUCAGUUGCGAAUGUAAUUGAUUCGAGCAUAGACAUGGACGUCUCAAAGUGAACACUUUUCAGUUGCUAUUGCUCAGGGAUUCUGAUUCGUGGUAUGAAAGCCAGUCCCCCAAUACCGGAGAACUAGAAUUCAUGAUAAAAAUCAUAAACUUUAAGCGAUUGGUCCUUGGAUCUUAAGAUUUGUCUUUGGAUAUUUUAGAGAGUAUAAUAAUAUGACAGGGGAACCUUCUCUAGACAAGAUCGGUUUCCCGACAAAAACAUAUAUUGGAGUUCGGCAACUGUUCCAUAACCCUGUAAGAGAAUAAUCACCCAAAAAUAUACGCUUUGAGUACCA